CUUCUACGAGCAGUCGACGACCUUCCUGAAUGGCCUGAACCACGACCGUGAUCAGCGUAUCGGCUGAAAGAUACUUCGGGUAACUCUAGCUACGAGUUUUAACACGGAAGCAUCAGCAUGUCUCGGCCUGGAAUUCCAGCUUGGAAAAGACUAGGACUGAAACUCAAAUAUGCAAACGAAGACUCGGGUUCUCCAACAAGCAAUGGUCUUGCUUCACGAGGCCACCAAACUGGUCAGAGUUCAUUGAAGGACACUCAAUCGUCCUCAUCAGAACCUCCCAGGAAGAAGCUGAAGACGGGUCUCAAAUCCAAGGAGGCUGUCGAGCCAACAACAGGCAACCCGAACUCAGUGCCAGAAACCAUCAAAGGCAAAGAGAAGCACCCAGACAAGAAGAUUAAGAAACGGGUAUCUUUCUCCGCCGACUCAAAGCCUUCUUCGUCCGUAAGAAGUCCAUCGCCUGUCCCGGAUGGCUCCAAAGCGCAAAGAUCCUCGGCAGAUGUCAAGAAAUCCAAAAAAGCUCGACCGAAAGCAGUUCAGCCACUAGCGCCCAAGUCCAAUACUGCGUUGGAAUAUCUCAAUCAAUAUCACACGGCGAGGUCAAAAUGGAAAUUCAACAAGAAUCGAGAGACCUGGAUAUUGAAACACAUCUUCUCGGACAGUGAUGUUCCUCCGGAAUUCAAUCUUGCUCUGGGGAGAUAUAUCUAUGGACUACAAGGUGCCGGGGCUCGUGAACGAUUGAAAGCACAGUGCAUGGCGUCUUUAGAGAAGGGGAAAGGUACUCAGCCGCGGAGCAACAAGGAUGGCAGCGCUGCAGGCGAAGACGAGGAUGGUGAAUGCCUUCGACGAUUCAAGGACGAUUUGGCAAGUCCACCGUCGUCCAAUUUUGCUGCUGCCGGGGAUACUACCGCAGAUCCAAAAUACCAAACCUGGAUUCAGAAGCAGUCACGCCCAAGGAUAUUACUCUGGGCAAUGGGGUUUGACGCUGACGUUCAAGCCGUGGCUAAUGGGACUAAACAAAAUGUCAAGAAGAGGAAGAACAGGACCGUGGUUGUCGAUUAUGAUAGCUCCAGCUCUAGUUCCAGCUCCAGCUCCAGCUCGAGUGAAAGUGAAAGUGACAGUGACAGUGACAGUGAGAGCGAGGAGAGUGACGAAGAAUCCCAGAGCGACACCAGGAUGUCAAGUGCGGCGAACCCUAAGGAAGACACUUCCAGCAGUGCCAGCGAUGAAGAAAGCAGUAGUGAGAGCGACUCAAGUACCGAUGUUGACAGUGAGGUCUAAUGGCCAAAGCGAAUACAGGGCCGAUGAAUAAUUGUGUCUAUUUUCAGUUCCUGAAUUCUCAGACCUGUCAAG